AUGGCUCUCAGACUUUGCAUCCCGGAAUGUAGAAGAUCUCCAGCCCAUCCCCUCCAUCCUCCAGUGUUUGAGAUACCACUGAGAAUCCAAAUCGAAGGUCCGACGAUAGCCAUUGAGAGACUAUUGCCAGCGAUAUCAUGGCAUACUAAUGAUGUUACCAAUUUGGAGUUUCCACAACCGGCCGGCCCAGCACUUGCGAGCCUCGCCUUUCAAGCCAUAUAUGGGCGACGACCAAAGGCUGAUGAUGUGGUUUUGCAAGAUGAAUAUCUUGGCUGGAUAGUGGAAAAACCAUUAAGUCGCAUUGAUUACUAUGGUGUUACAUUCGACCACCUCGUACCCGCGAACGAAUGCGAUCCGGAAGUAUUACAGAUUAACAUCAUCGAAACCGAGAAUGACGGUGGUUUAUAUGCGAAUACAUGGUUACCAUUCGUAGUUAAUGUGAAAGAAUUCGAAGGUCAGAAAGUUUUAGCUGUGCCAAGAUGUUGUCAGAAAAGGAGGGGCACCCAAGAUCGCGAGCGGGUGAAUACUCUUGUAUCAGAGAGGAGAGCUAUGGCUGAUCUCGCAAUGACUUAA